CUCCUCCUCCUCCUCCUCCUCCUCCUCUCUCAGACGGACCUCAGCGUCUCCUCCGGUCGCAUCUCUUCCCCUGUACCCCGCCCUCCGCGCGCUCAGGGGGCGGCUCCGCGUGCAGAAACUUUCCCUCACAGACUUGGACCUGCCCCGCCUCGGAUCCAGUUCUCCACCUCCACCUCCUCCUCCUCCUGCUGCCGCCGCUGCUGCUGCGGAGGUUGGUUAACUGUUUGAGGACAGAACUCCGCUCCGGGUUUUGGUGUCUUCGGUGAUGCCUCCAGAGUGGAGCCGCUCCGGGACGAACCCGAACCCGACACCUGUUGGACACGGUCGGAGACUUUGUGGAAGCUGCUCGCGACGAAAAAUGAAGGAAAACUGACUUUUUUAGAGGAAGUUUAAAACGUUUUUUAAAUCGGGAGAUGGAUGGGUCACUGUGGAUCACUCGGUUCCACCUCCCGGGUUAGACCGAACCUCACGAUGCCGCGUCCGCCCCUGAGGUUCCUGUGUCUGUGGCUGUGCAGCGAGGCCGUCGCGACUCAGCUCCACUGGCACCAAACAAAGACCACUUUCAGUCCUCAUUAUGAAUCCGCCGCCGCUGACAGGAAUGCGCAGAGCCGACGAUGGCGCACGGUCGGUGGGGAGGACAAUGGGGGGACGGGAGCGCGGGCCCCGUGGUUCGAUCCCGUGAACCGGACCUCCGAGCUGCACCGGCGCGCCGUGCGUAAAACCGACUGCGCAAAAUGGAAACGCGCCAAAACGGUGGAUGCAAUCCGGGAGAGCUGCUCAGACACACCCGGCACGGACCCGCCUGCAGCCCAGGGAGGACCGGACACCACCGGCGGCACAAGCGGAGCGCGAGGAGACCCGGCAGGAUGCGGCGAAGCGAGCCGCCGCAGGACGGAACCAUGGCGCAGGAGCAGGAGCCGGGACCCCCCUUUGGACUCAACACCAGCGACUACGAGGAGGAGUACUCCCUGCCGGACUUCACCGACACCACGCCGUUCGUGCCGGUGAACACGCGCACCAGGCGGAAGCAGGUGAAGAACCCGUUCUACCCGGUGACCGCCGAGUCGUACGGCGCGUACGCGGUCAUGAUCACCGCCGCCGUCAUCUUCAGCGUCGGGAUCAUCGGGAACGUGUCCGUCAUGUGCAUCGUGUGUCACAACUACUACAUGAGGAGCAUCUCCAACUCCCUGCUCGCCAACCUCGCGCUCUGGGACUUCGUCAUCAUCUUCUUCUGCUUGCCGCUCGUGGUGUUUCACGAGCUCACCAAGAACUGGCUGCUGGGAGAGUUCUCGUGCAGGAUCAUCCCGUACCUGGAGGUGGCGUCUCUCGGGGUCACGACCUUCACGCUGUGCGCUCUGUGCAUCGAUCGUUUCCGAGCCGCCACCAACGUUCAGAUGUACUACGAGAUGAUCGAGAACUGGGCGUCCACCACGGCCAAGCUUGCUGUCAUCUGGGUGGGCGCCCUGCUGCUGGCGCUGCCCGAGCUGCUGAUCCGACAGCUGGUCACCGAGGAUGGCGACCCGCCCGACGUGACGCCCUGCGAGCGCUGCGUGGUCCGGAUCUCCACCGAGCUCCCGGACACGCUGUACGUCCUCGGGCUCACCUACGAUGGCGCACGGCUCUGGUGGUACUUCGGCUGCUACUUCUGCCUGCCGACACUGUUCACCAUCUGCAGCUCGCUGGUCACCGCCCGCAAGAUCCGCCGUGCGGAGCGAGCCUGUGUCCGCGGCAGCAAGAAGCAGAUCCAGCUGGAGAGCCAGAUGAACUGUGCCGUGGUGGCAUUGGCGAUCCUCUACGGCUUCUGCAUCAUCCCGGAGAACAUCUGCAACAUUGUGAGCGUGUACAUGGCGGCCGGCGUUCCCAGGAGAACCCUGGACAUCCUGCACCUGGUCAGCCAGCUGUUGCUCUUCUGUAAGUCUGCGGUGACGCCGGUGCUGCUGUUCUGCCUGUGCCAGCCGUUUACCAAAGCCUUCCUGGACUGCUGCUGCUGCUGCUGCGAGGAGUGCGGCCCGCCCCGAUCACCUGCCACCGCUGCCAGCGACGUCGAAAACGAGUGCACCACCACCGAGCUGGAGCUGUCGCCGUUCAGCACCAUCCGCAGGGAGGCGUCCACCUCCACCGCCUACGCUGUCGUGGGAACACACUGCUGAGGUCAAAGGUCAAAGAUGGAGUCGUUCCUCUGAUCAAUGGACGCGUUGACAGAUCAGGCUUCAAGUUCCUGGAGUGGAAUCGACCCAAACUUUAUAUUUACAGACCGAAGACGUCACUGUUUACAGAAUUUAUACAUGAAAGACGCCACAGUCUGUUUUAGUUAAUAGCAUUUGUUUAGUUUUUUAAUUAACUCACAAGUAUUUUUACUGAAUCUGCACUCAGUCAUAUGAUUUCCUCAUUGUCACUGUUUUUGUGGCGCUGAUCAUUUUUUCUGCCCAUUUAAAAAAAUUUUAUGAGUCUGUAACUUCUCAACAACUUCCUUGGAAAACUGGAAGUUAUUUUAUUCAGAGUUUAGUUAGUUGUGUCGAAUUUACAAGCAGUUAUUUCUCUAAUCAAAACGAUGACAAAAGACAGAGUUUGGUGACAUCGGGAAAUAGUGGGACUCAUGGGAGUAGUCGUCUUGAUCACCGUUGUGGUCGGUUUCUCCCGGUCAGGAUUCCUUCAGCGUUGAUGGUUCAGGAACCGAAUUCUCGUCACAGAUCUCCUCUCUGAAACAAACAGACCAGCUGAUUGUUUCAGUAAAAACUCUGAAUAAAACAGUUUCAUGUUAAAAAUCAGUGUUUCUCUGGUGGAGUUUGGCGGAGCUGAGCUGCUGCUAACGUUAGCUCAGCUUGUUUCCCUGACAAGUUCAGAUCCAGACGUCUUACGACUAAAAUCCCUCAUCUGGUUAAAAUAUAAAGUUAAAAACCUCUAAGAUCUAAAAAGUUUAUCCUAAAAAUGAGACUUAAAAACUGGAUAAAAAGUCAACGUUGUUGCUGACACAUGCACAAAGAGGAUAUGACAUGAUCAACCGGCGACCAAAUGAAACGUUGCCUUGAUUAAAAUCAUGCGUUUCCUUUUUGAAAAAAGUACACAACUCAACACAACAAGCAGCACAGGUGUAGUCCUUUUUGUACAUUUUAAUACAGAAAAGUUGCACAUUCCACCUUUAAACUGAGUAAAUGUUGAAUUAUAGGUUUUCUUGUAGACAUAUUUCAUGUUUGCAUGUUUAACUGUCCUUUAACUGUUUAACUGAGCUCUCUGACAGUUAACUGUAAGUAAUUAUUUGGGUUGGUACCAAUCAAACACUGGUUCUAUUUUAAUCUGUAUUUACGAUCUUUCCGGGAAGCUGUUGGGGAAUAUCAGAGGUCUUACAGUGUUACCUUAAAACGGGCAUAAAAAGUCGUCACCAACCACAGCUGCUAUCAGCAUCUGUAGCUCUGUUCUUGGUUCUUUUUCUUUUAUUCUCAGUGUGAGUGAGUUAAAUGGGACGUACAGUAAUAUAAACUGGAUGUAGAUGCUGUGUUGUGUUAGCUGAUGUUGUGAAUCUGCCUGUGUCAGUAUUUUAUUCUUCACUGUGUUUGAUAGCAGAGAAACUGCACUUCACUCAGUCUGUAAUGUGACAGGCUUUUGUUUUUUUGCCACAUGAGAAAUGUCACUUUAAUUAAAAGAUAUUUUAAAAUA